AUGCACAAACGUGGUAUGCUUAUUUUUACUGGAUCUAUUGGAGUUGGAAAAACAUCAACUAUUGAUGCAUUUAUGAAAUAUUUUGAAACAGAAAAAGGAAAAAAGUUACUUAACGGAGUAACGAAUGGAACAAUAAGAAAUUAUACAUUACAAAAGUUUAUUAUUCAAUGUUAUAAAGAACAAUUGGAAAACAAUAAAAAUAAAAAAUUACUAAUUUUUGAACGUCAUCCUCGUGAAGCAUUAAAAGUAUUUUGUGAAAUAGAUAAAACAAAAAAAAAACAAUUAAUUACGUGUUAA